AUGUCCAUGCUUAAGAGUUUCUGUUUAGCCCCACUGAAUAAUAUAAGCUGCGCCUUUUGCUGUGAGGAGAUCCAAGGCGAACCAAUCUUUCUCAUGGCAUGCCGGGAUGAGUCGCAAAUGCCUCCACGCUGUUGUGUUCCGAUCCCGUUAGCUACCGCCCGCAAACAUCUCUCUGAAGAAGAGGUCAAUCUGUACAAGGAUAAGUAUGAGGAAUGGAGCACACCCAACCAGGUCUAUUGUCCCGUUCCCACCUGCUCUACCUUCCUUCCUGAGAGGAUUUUCAACGCCGAGUUCAACCGUCUUAGGUCUUCCGCCACAUUCAGAAUGCAUGUAGAAGACUUUGGGCCCGGGCCGUCUGUCCCAAUGAGCCAGCUGGGUGCUGUAUACCCCGUCCAAUGCGCCAGGUGCGCCGCCCAGAUAUGCUCCUUGUGCAAGCAGCUCUAUCAUUACGGUGUCCACUGUCAGCCGCUGUCGGAUAUUGACCCCGAAUUGGAAAAGACAUUUGAGAACUUGGAUAUCAAAAGAUGUCCCAAGUGCCGUGCUGCCGUUCGCAGAAUGUAUGGUUGCCGUCACAUGCAGUGCCGCUGCGGUGCACAAUGGUGCUGGUACUGUUGCCGUACCAUGGAGCUCUGCAAGGCGGACAUUUGCCCGAAAGGGCGUGAGACUGAGAUUGAUUUUUCUGACCGAGAGGAAGAGGUCACCGAAGAAGAGGACGAUGACGAUUUUUCUCUUGGUAGCAACCCCUCAUGGCUGCCUAGUCCUAUCUACGAUGAGCUGUACCUAGGUUCGGAAGAAGAGUUAUACGGGGGAGAGGGUCUGCUGCCCGAUAACGACCUUGCAUUUAUUGGAGGCGAUAGCCAGGCGCUUCAGGAGGCUCUUUUUGUCGAAGAUGAUGUUCCCGUGGACCUCGAUUCUGGAUCGCAAUGGGAGGAUGGGUCGGAAAACUUUGGAAACGAGCCCGAUGGAUCGCGGGUUGAUCCAUUUGACUGUCGUCACGAGUUUGCAGCCAUAUUGGCUAAUGAUGAGGUGGACGACCUCGAGUACGAGUGUGAAAGGUGCUGGCGCAGAAUCUUUCCUCGGGAGACAUUGAUUCCAGCUUCUCUCUGGGCGGAGAUCGAAUCCCAGGAUACCUCUCCGGUGGCUCAACUAGUUGCGUCUAUGAAUGUUGUCCAGCGCUCGGAUGCACUGAUGUAUGUAUGCAGGACAUGCAAUCUGAUGCUUUGCCAUCCGUGUCGUGCGCAAUACCCCCAUUUUGAAUUUUGA